GACAGCUGCAUCCGAUGAACCAGGGUCAUGGACAGUGCCACCAAUCGGACGGAAGCACAAACAAGUGAAAUCGCUGCCCGAACAAGCCAAGUACAGCCCCACCCCGACGCAUGCGAUGCCGGAAUUCGAGUCCCGGUGCGUCGCAACCACAUCGUCCCUCUGUCCAUCCGUCCAUCCACUCGUGGAUCCAUCUAUUCCCUCAGUCUCUCCUACACUCUCUAUCGGCCUUUUCCCUUGCCCUCACGUUGCUCCACGCUCGCCUUGGCAUCAUCUCCCUUGUUUUGGGAUUCUGUAUAUUGGGUUCUAAUGAUCAAGUUGCAUCCGACCGCAUCCACUCUCUUCACGCCAUCGAUCCUCUCUUGCUCGGCUGGGCUCCCUUUGCUUCCAGCACAAUCCCCUCCGCCUCUCGCCCCACACAUUCACAAGGUGGGGGGGGGUUUUCUUGCCAUCGCGGGCUCGGUUCCUCUCAUACCGCAUUCACGCUUCUGCUGUUUUGUUUUGUUUUACCGGAUUUAUCUUUCGCUUUCUUCCUUCAUGACUCGCCCUCAUUCAGGCUGUGUACACAUGGAACGGGACAUCUGAUUCUGAGACGGGCGACUGUGUGUUCUGUUGGUUUCCUGGUUGCGGAAUACAUGAACUCCCUGCCACCACCAUGGCUAUCUACAGCACUUUCGAUUCCUGUUUCUCUGGCCUGGAGCGUCACAUCCAUCCCCCCUCGAUCUGUCCAUGUAUCAUGACUGACUGUAGAGUCUGGAAGGUACUCAGCGCAUGUGCCGGAAAGCCGACAUUGGUGCUUCAAGCGAUCUAAAUCCUCUCUAAUAUUGUCAAGUGCGCCACCAUCCCUCCCGCCUUGCCCACGGCGAGGCCCAGCAUGUUCGGACUGUUUGAGGUGCUCCUGGUUCUCCCAAAGGAGCGCCGCAUUCCUCGCCAGAGUUCCUUCGUUUCCCCUGAUCCUACUCGCCGGACGAUCCCGAGCCGUCGCCGAGGAAAUAGUUGCAGAAUUGCUGUUCGGUGAACAGAGUGCCAAACUUGGAGUCACUUCGAUCCGCA